AUGCAGAAUGCUGAACAAUCCGGAGUGAAAAACCGGGAGAAAAUUGUUAAAUCAGUGAAUCAGCAGACUUCGUUGAAAUCGCAGCUGCAGCAGCAGCAACCUUCACCGUCGUCUUCGUCGUGUUCGUUGUCUUCAUCCUCAUCAACAUCAACGGAAGGAGAAGAGGCAACGGCAUCGGUAGCAACUUCCCAGAGCAAAGCAGCAGAAACAGGAGCAGCCAGCACUUCGUCAUCGACAUCCGAGAACAAUAGCAACAACAACAGCAGCACAAUCGGUGGUGGUAGUAGCAGCAACAGUAGUGGUGGUAUCGGCAAUAGUGGUAAUAGUGGAGUAACAAGCAGUGGAAACAGUGCUGCUGCUACUACCAUCGUCGACGUUGUUGCUGGUACGGCCACCACUUCUACGACAUUUUUGCCGUCAUCAUCAUCGGCCUUGCACGCAGGACAGGAUGCUGGUGACAGAGCGGCUUCGGUCGUAAGAACAGCGGCGCAUACAUCGUCAAUAAGAGCGGAAGCUGAAGAAGCUGCAGCUGGAGAGCUAAGGAGCAAGCUCGCUUUUGCUGCAGCCGACACGGUAACGCUUGUCGGGGUCGAACCGAUUCGAACCCAGCUGCCUGGCAGCGUCAUUUGUAAAACCAAUUCUAAAAAUAAUGGUAAAACAAUGUCUACGCCGAAGAAUUCCACAACAGCGACAAAGCCUCCUGCGUCAUCGACCGUGCUCGUGGGUGCCAAUGCAACCAUCGCCGCCCCAGGAGUUGCUGGUGAUAGUAGUGCCGGCAAACAAGCAAACGGUACCAAUGGCGAUGAUGAUUGCAAGACCGCCACAGCGGGAGCAACCGGAAGUAACGCUGGUGCGUCGAAGCCGACUACCGGUGUGGCCGGCCAGAGCGCUGCUAAUAUCAACAGUAAACCAUCAGCGACCAGCAAUAACUCGUCUCCGACCAAGUCGGAUACCGAAACCUUCUCCGAGAUACAGCCUCGCGUUUCGGACUCGUCAGAGUCGGAAGAGGAAUCGGUGUCGGAGAUUUUGCUGGCUUGCCUAUGUCUAAGGCCAGAUCUGCUGGUUGACGAUUUUGCGUUAGAUCAGCAGUCGAUUGAAAUUCCGGAAACGGAAUGUUCCGACAGCUGUGAGAAUGACGUCGACAUGGAUGAGUCGGACAGUUGCGACAACGAUGCCGACGAUAAUGAAGAUUCUGAUGAAGACGAUGAGGACGACGAUGAUGAUAUGGUUCAUAGUACGGUACCCGGAAAAUUUCUCUUAGAGAACGAUGAUGAUACCGAUCAUGAGCGAGACGAGGCGGCGCACGCGUUAACGCGAAUGAAAUCUAGCGAUGGCAGUCCAAGGGAUAAGAAUUUGCUAUCCCGUUCGCUGAUUGCGGCUUGCACUGAUAAUGAUGUAAAUACAGUGCGACGGCUGCUCGUCGAAGGAAAUUCGUUGAACGAAGCCACCGAAGAGGGCGAUUCAUUGCUGUCGCUGGCAUGUUCUGCCGGCUAUUACGAGUUGGCUCAGGUACUGCUAGCAAUGUCCGCACAGGUCGACGAUCGUGGCCAAAAGAACGAUUGCACACCUUUGAUGGAAGCAGCAUCGGCCGGUCAUGUAGAGAUAAUUGAACUGUUAUUCAAGCACGGCGCGGACGUGAAUGCGCAAUCUUCCACCGGUAACACGCCGCUCAUGUACGCCUGCGCUGGAGGACAUGAGAAGGCAGUAAAGUUACUGUUGGAUCACGGUGCUAAGGUGGAGGACCACAACGAAAAUGGUCACACUCCGCUGAUGGAAGCUGCCUCUGCCGGUCAUGUCGGAGUUGCCAAGAUUCUGUUGGAGCAUGGAGCCGGCAUUAAUACGCAUUCGAAUGAGUUUAAGGAGAGUGCCCUGACGUUAGCCUGCUAUAAGGGCCAUCUAGAUAUGGUUCGCUAUCUGCUUGAAGCUGGGGCUGAUCAGGAACAUAAAACCGAUGAAAUGCAUACAGCUCUAAUGGAAGCGUCCAUGGAUGGGCAUGUAGAAGUGGCCCGAUUGCUGCUGGACUCGGGAGCACAAGUAAAUAUGCCAACUGACUCAUUUGAAUCACCGCUCACCCUAGCAGCAUGCGGAGGCCAUGUUGAUCUGGCGAUGCUGUUAAUCGAUCGAGGAGCUAACAUUGAGGAGGUGAACGAUGAAGGUUAUACCCCACUGAUGGAAGCUGCACGAGAAGGCCACGAGGAGAUGGUGGCACUGUUACUACAGCAGAAUGCGCAGAUCAAUGCUCAAACUGAAGAAACUCAGGAAACGGCACUUACGCUAGCGUGUUGUGGUGGAUUCAUCGAGGUGGCCGAAUAUCUCAUCAAGAAUGGUGCGGAUAUUGAGCUUGGUGCGUCAACGCCGCUUAUGGAAGCUGCCCAGGAGGGUCAUAUCGACUUGGUGCGUUUUCUUCUUCAGCAUGGUGCAAACGUACACGCACAGACGCAGACGGGUGACACUGCGUUGACGUACGCGUGCGAGAACGGACAUACUGAGGUAGCAGACAUCUUGUUGAACUAUGGAGCUGAGCUAGAGCACGAAUCAGAGGGUGGUCGCACUCCGCUAAUGAAAGCAUGCCGCGCCGGUCAUUGGUGUAUAGUGAAGUUUCUGAUCGAACGAGGUGCCGACGUAAAUCGGCACACGACGAACAAUGAUCACACACCGCUCUCGCUGGCUUGUACUGGUGGUCACCAGAAUGUUGUGGAGCUGUUGCUGAAGAACGGUGCAGAUCCUUUCCAUCGCCUGAAGGACAGCAGUACGAUGCUGAUUGAGGCAGCCAAGGGUGGCCACAUCGGGGUAGUGCAGCUACUGUUGGACUUUCCGCACUCACUGAUGAACGCGAAUGCCGCCCAGCAGCAGAAUAUGCUUAGCAGUGGACAAAUGCAGCAGCUUCAGCAGCAACAGGCCCACCAGCAACAAUUACAACAGCAACACCAACAAGCCCAGCAGCUCAUUAUCACGCAAAACCAUCAACAACACCAGCACCAUCAGCAACAGCUACAGCAGGCUCAACAGCAGCAGCAGCAGUUGUUGGCUGGUCCACCCGGAUUGCGCGAAGUUCCCGAAGCGAUUCGCGUCAGUAAUAAACAGAUUUUCCAACUGCCAAGCAAAGAUAUGCUGGAACAGCAACAGCAACUGCAAACUCAAGGUCCACCGCAACAACAGCAGUCUCAGCAAGCUCAGCUGCAGCAGAAUCAGCAAUUACAGCAACACCAACAGCUGCUUGCUAACAGUCAUCAACUUAUAAACCAGGCGAACAUGCUAUUGGAUAGCAGUGGCAACGACACAUCCGUACUGGCACAUCAUCUUUUAGAAAUACAGGACCCUUCGCUGAAAGAUACCUUCCUCGAAGGUUUAGCGAUCGGUUUACGUCCCCGUGUUCGCCGCAUGACCAGCGGACCGGCUGGGUCCGCAGGCUCUUCGACAACACCACCAAUUUCCGGUCAACAGCAGCAGCAAGAUCAAGCCACGGUCGCUCAACAACAGUUGAUACAAUAUCUGCACCAACAUCAACAGCAGGCGCAACAGUUGCAAGCGGCCCAGCCAAUUAUUCUACAAGGCAAUAAUGUCGUUACACAACAGCAGCAGCAACAUUUGCAGCAACAGCAGCAGCAGAUGGCAACAGUUGUAGGUAACAACAAUACAACUGGCGCAGGAGGUAAUAAGCAACAGCGUAGUCUGCUGCGCAAAAAGCAACAGCAACCAACAGUAGCACUGCCUUCGCCAUUCGAGACAAAUCUAACCAGUUCCGAGGCACAGCAGGUUCGCAGCGAUCCCAUUGGCGAGGAUAAUAAUGGAAGCUGCAGUGUUGGAAUGAAGAACGUAUCGUCGCUGCAACAACAGCCUCCUCCGCGCGUCAGCAACGUUGCCAUGCGAUCUGACUACGAGCAGUAUCAGAAACAGAUGAGUGAAAUUCAGUUCCAGAAGAAAGCGAAAAUACAAUUCAUCAGUGAUGCGAAAGGUCCGCCGCCAACACUUUUACCGCACACGGAAUCGUACCUUGCCAACUUGCAGAACAACUUGCCCCAGUCGCAACAGCAACAUCUUCAGCUAGCAACAAUAGCUGCCAAUGCCGCUGGAAGUACCUCUGUCGUUGCGGGAGCCAAUAACGUCAGUCAGGCUACCAGCAGUGGCACAACCUUGACUGCCCCUUCGGAAGUGUCCCAAAGCACUGCCAUCAGCGAUCGUCCAAAGGUGAAACCCGUGUCCAAAAAAGAUGCCAAGAAUAAUCGAAAAACUGCAGCCGCGGCAGCAGCAGCAGCAGCUGCGGCAGUUGCAACCGCUACGGCCUCGGUACAACAGCAGCAGCAACAAUCCUUCUGGCCUUUGACGAGUAAUAGUACUGCAACCGGUGGUAGCGGAAAUGCUGUUAGCGGUGUUCUGCAGCAAAAUCCGAUGGUGUCAAUUUAUAACAACUUGUCUGUGAUUCCAAGUUCCGACCAGAAUGUGCAACUGUUACAGCAAUCGAUGGCGAACUUGAAUCUUCAGUCACAGUCACCCGUAACAACGCCAUCCACCAUACAAACGGCACCAAUGCCGCCCAGUGGCAAAUCAACUGAUAGGAAGUCAUCCACGGAUGCAGGAAAGGAGGUGAAGAAGAACGAUUUUGGUAAUGUAAAUGAAGCCGAAUCAUCGUCAGCUACUGCCGAUGUGAAACAUGACAGCAGCAUUGUUCCUACGUCGUCAGCCCAGCCGACGGUCAUCACGAGCACUAUAGCGAAGCGUGCGUCCAGUGUUAAGCACGAUGAUGCAGCAGAAGGUUGUUUGGCGGAGCAACUGGUCGCAACACCGUCAUUGGUUCGUGAAUCGUCGGACAAAGAGACAAAUGGUAGUAGUGACAGUGCCAGCACCAGUAGCAGCAGCAGCACAGGAGAAAGUGGCUCAUCGGGUAACGUGAACAGCAGUUCUGGAGCUAGUAACAGCAACUCAACAACCAACACAACGAGCACCACUAGCGACAGCAGCAGUGUUCCAUCUGGGGAAGGCGGUGUUGGUGGCGAUGGCGAAGGAAGCACUAUCAGCAGUGGUAGCAUCAGUAGCAGCAACAGCAGUGCUAGUAGCAGCGACAGCAGUACUACCACAAGCGCAAAUAACAACACUGCCGAAGGAGGAGAAAGCGGAACCGGUGCAGGUAAUGCCAAUGGUGAAGACGUUGGAGGUACCAGUGGUGGGAACGGUGGAACCGUGUCUAGCAUCGAUCCGGACAACCAGUUCAACCUUUUUGCGAUGGUCGAUCGUAAGCUGAUGCUCAAGAUCGCGCAUCGCUUGCUCGGCGAUACUGCCAAAUCGCCCUCGGAAACGCCACCGCUGAGCAGCUGCCCAGGGUCGAACUUGGACCCUCCCGCUUCACCCCCGCCAGCGAUGAUAAACAAUGCCGAUAUCGAGUAUCCGGAGCUGUCACGCAUCCUGUGCAGUUUCAGCGGUUCCGACAUACUGCCUGCGCAAGAAUUUGUGCAAGUGCAUCAGCAUAUGCAAAACAUAAUUCAACAUAAGAGCGGUAGCAAUCCCAUCAAACUCGGUGACUCUACUGACGGUCAUCAGUAUGCGGAAGAAGGCGAUGAACAUCUGCCAAUGUUUAACAUAGAGGAAUCGGAUGCAGAUGGCAUUACCGAAUGUGUGGGUGGCAUGUAUCCUGCACUGAUGAAUGAUGAAACCCUCGAACAAUAUCAUGGUGAGGACGGAUCAGUCACGCAGGCACAUGGCUCACGAGAAUCGACAUACAACUACGAAUGGGUAGACAGUAUUGACGAUGUGAUCCAUGUGCUUAACGGAUGUCCCGAAAUUCCAAUGGCAUUGCACGAUAUGGCUGCGAAUUUCGGUUGCCAGGAUAUGGAUAUGUACGCAAAUCUGAUCGGCUUAAAUUCGUUCUGCAAGACUCGUUGGGCGGGUAAUCAGAACCAGCUUACGUCAGGUACAUCGUCGCCAGUAGAAGAGGACGGAAGUGGUAUGGUGACUCUUAGCGAUCCGACGUUUGCCUAUCGUACCGCUCAAGCUGCUGGUCAAUUGCUAGCGUUGGAUCCACAACAAUUUUCAAUGGAGUCGAUUCAGUUGCUUAAUCAAAUUCAUCAGGCGUCUGUUUCACUCGCCUCCGCACAAGCCUCCGGGACUGUAUUACAUCAUCCGCCAGCAACAACCAGCGGUACCCAAGGACAGCAUCCAAAGCUUGUGUUUAAUGUCGAUGCAGAUAAAGCUUCGCAAGUGCAUUUACUGUUUCAACUGCCUACCAUGCAAUCUCAACAGCAGCAACAGCAAAUGACGCAAGAUCAGCAACAUGAUCACAUGAAUAUAAUGGGCAACAAUGCCCAACAGCAGUCGCAGAAUCAGCAACAGUCACUUUCAUUGCAGCAGGCGGCUGGUCAGCAACAACAGCAGCAGUGUAAUAUAGCCGCAAUGCAACCGCAUGCAGCGGCUGCAGCAGCUGCCGCUGCAAUCCAGCACGCUCAACUACAGCAGCAACUGCACGCGCAGGGUAUGGCUGCCGGGCAUUCCGGUUCGGUGGCUUUGCAGCAGCAACAACAACAAAGGCAGCAAAUGCAGCAUCUGCAGUCCCAGGCCCAGGGGCAGCAGUUGCAACACUUGCAGUCGCAAGGGCAACAACAACAGUCGCAACAACAUUGUUUGCAACACGCCCAAAUGCAGGUUUCUACACAAACUCCUCAACAACAACAGCAUGUCGCAUCCGCCCGAGGUGAGGAGGAAAUGUCCCCUCUCGUAAGAACGCAGCACUUUGCUUUAAUGGACAACAAUCAGCCAGCCAAUGUGAAUGUUCCUGGAACGGGAAAAGUGGGCGGUGCUGCCAGUGGUGGAAAGAAGGGAGAGAAAAAUCGUAAAGAAAAGAAUCGUCUCGCUGUGCCUGCAGUUCGACAAGCACCGGCUGGUCAGCAGAGUGCAGGAGCAGGCGGUCAAAUUCAAAACUAUCAGUACGAUAGUACGAACGGCAAUGCUCGGUCGGUGGGCGGAGCAAUGGACAUACCACCUCCUGGUGGUGCCGUUCAACCGUUUCACGCAGGAAGUGGUAUGAUGCCACCACAGGGGGGCAGCACAGCGACAUCGGAGCGAACGAUUGAUGUGGAUUCGGAAACCGAUUCAAACCAUGAUACUGCGUUAACGCUUGCCUGUGCUGGCGGUCAUGAAGAUAUGGUGGAACUGUUAAUUACCCGCGGUGCAAAUAUUGAGCACAAGGAUAAGAAAGGUUUCACUCCGUUGAUAUUGGCAGCUACGGCUGGUCACGAAAAAGUGGUAGAUACACUACUUCGGAAUGGUGCCGAAAUUGAGGCACAAUCAGAACGAACAAAGGACACUCCACUGUCAUUGGCCUGCUCUGGUGGCCGGUACGAGGUGGUUGAGCUGUUGCUCAGCAUGAACGCCAACCGAGAGCAUCGCAAUGUGUCCGACUACACGCCACUCAGUUUAGCUGCUAGCGGUGGCUACGUGAACAUUAUCAAAUUGUUAUUACAGCACGGAGCGGAGAUAAACUCGCGCACCGGAAGCAAACUAGGAAUUUCUCCGCUUAUGCUUGCCGCUAUGAAUGGACAUGUUGCCGCUGUUAAGCUCCUGCUGGACAUGGGUUCCGAUAUAAACGCACAGAUCGAAACAAACCGCAAUACGGCGCUAACAUUGGCUUGCUUCCAAGGCCGACAUGAAGUGGUCAGCCUCCUUUUAGAUCGUAAGGCCAACGUAGAGCAUCGUGCAAAGACGGGCCUUACCCCACUGAUGGAGGCGGCUUCGGGUGGAUACAUCGAUGUGGGUCGCGUGUUGUUGGAUAAGGGAGCGGACGUUAAUGCUGCCCCUGUUCCAUCCUCUCGUGAUACGGCGCUUACCAUUGCAGCCGACAAAGGACAUCUGAAGUUCGUUGAGCUGUUGCUUUCCCGUGGUGCAUUGGUGGAGGUGAAAAAUAAGAAAGGCAAUUCACCGCUCUGGCUGGCGGCAAACGGUGGGCAUCUGGGCGUGGUGGAACUACUCUGCAGCGCCGGCGGGGAUAUUGAUUCCCAAGAUAAUCGGAAGGUUUCCUGCUUAAUGGCUGCUUUCCGCAAGGGCCACACGAAGGUCGUAAAAUGGAUGGUAGGUCAGGUGACACAGUUCCCGUCGGAUCAGGAGAUGACUCGCUACAUCAAUACGAUCAACGAACAGGAACUCUUGGAAAAGUGUCACGAUUGUGUGAAAGUUAUUCGUGCCGCAAAGGAUCAGCAGGCUACAAAGGCGAACAUUAAUGCAUCAAUUUUGCUGAAGGAGCUUGAUCUCGAACGAUCGCUGGAGGAAAGCCGCAAAGCGGCUGCGGCGAAGCGUCGUGAACGAAAGAAGCGACGCCGGGCAGAAAAGCGUGAGCAGCAGCGUAAACUGGAGAUGGGCGAAGAAGGUGCUGCCGGGGAAGGAAACGACGACGAUGACGAAGAGGAGGAAGCGGAAGAUGAGAAGGAAGAGGAAGAGGAGGAAGAGGAUGUUGACAGUGAGCAUGACGAGGACGAAUUGCUUCUUUCGGCGGCCAUGACACAACAGUCCUCUAUUGGUAAUAAGAAUAAGAAUCGCAACUCGAACCACUCGUCUGCACAGCUUCAUAACAAGUCUCAGCAAAAUCAUCGCGAGAAAGAGAAGGAAGUUAAGGGCAAACAAAAGGAUAAGGAAAAGGAUAAGAAUAAGGAUGUGGAACGUGAAAAAGGAAAGGAGUCCAACCAAUCUGCGUCGUCAUCCUCUUCCAAUAGCAAUCAGCGGCAACAGCAGCAGAACGCUAAUGGUCAGCUGUAUCAGUAUCGGCCGAUGUCGAUACCAUAUCAGGUACAGGAGGAAGGUGAUUCCGGAAUCGAUGCCAACAGUUUGGGCUCAUGCUCCAGUUCGGAAGUGAAAUCCACGUCGAAUAGCAGCGCUCUAGAGCAGAAGAAAAACAACAAGAAAAGAAAGCAGCAGCAACAACAACAACAGCAGCAGGCUCAAACGGCACGCGGUACGAUUGCUUCCACGAAUGCAGCCGGUGCAGCAAGAGCAGCUAAAGCGGCCGCAGUCGCAAAUGCAUCCAGUGGUGCCAAAUCGUCUAACAAUGCGCAACAUCAGCAAAGCAGCAACAAUCGCCAAUCAAAAAGCCCGGAGAGUGCAUCUGCUUCGACGUCGAAUGGUAAUACUGUGGUGCAGGAUAAAAACUCAAAAGAAAAGAAUCGUCGACAGCAGCAGCAGCAGGAGAAAGAACAGCAGCAGCAGCAAUAUGGGGGCGGCAGAGAAAAGCGUGAAAAAACACUAGAGAAGGAAAACGUUGCACCGAAAGAUCACGGCUCGGGUGGACUGGCAAUGACCACGAAGAACGAAAGCAAAAAAUCCGAUCAUCAUCAGCAACAAGGUCAACCGACUGGUAACAACGUUACGAACAGUGGCGCAAUCCAUCAAUCGCAGCAAAACAGUAUGACGGGAAAUCGUAAAUCGAUUAUUGUGUUUGGUUCGGGUAACCGGCAUACCUCGGAGCAAAACGAUGAACUGGUACCAAGCGGUGGUAACAAUUUCUACAACACGGCCAGUGCUGGUGGGAAGAAAACGCAUGGUAACAAAACGUUUUACAACACUGCAAAUAGUGAGGAUCACGGUCAUCAUGGUAAGAUGUCCUCAGCUAGUCCGAUGAAGCAACAGUCAAUGUCUGGUGGAAUGCCGUCUUUGUCACAGCAGCAGAAUGCAAACGGAUCACAGACUAAUUCGAUGGGUGUCAAACGCGAGGAAGGCUGGAAGGAGGUAGUACGUAAGAGCUCGGUACAACAGAGCGGUAGUGGCAGUAGUGCAGGUAGCAGCGGCACCGGAAGCAACAGUGGCAGUGGUUCUGGUGGUGGUGGCGGUGGUGGUAGUGGUUCUUCUUCAUCGCCAAUGGAAUGCCGCAAAGUGCAGGUACCGGUACAUGCUAUCUCGCGCGUAAUAGGACGAGCAGGUAGUAACAUCAAUGCAAUCCGAGCCGCAACCGGUGCGCAUAUUGAGGUUGAAAAGCAAGGCAAAAGCCAGGGCGACAGAUCGAUCACCAUCAAGGGAUCGCAGGAAGCAACCAAGCAAGCGCACUCACUAAUCGUUACCCUCAUUAAGGAUCCCGAUGUGGACAUACUGUUAAUGUUGCCAAAACACAAUGCUAGCAGUAGCAACUCAGCGCAAAAAAGCUAUGGUUCUUCUUCGACAUUAGUUGCUGGUAGUGGGUCAUCGGUCGGGCAAAAUUCAACAUCUUCGGGAGGAAUAGUGUCGUCCGCUGGAACGUCAGCCCAACAGUCACCAGUCAUUGUGCCGGCGGCCAUUAUUCCUACCAAUGGUGCUGCUCCGACCAUGUCAGCCAUCGUAGCAUCAGGUGGCGUGGCAGCAGCUGCCGCAGCAGCAGCAGCCGCCGCCGCCGCCGCAGCCGCUGCGGCUGCUGGUACUAACAAUAAUACGACAGGCUCUGUUAAAGGUGGAAAGAAUGUGUUCAAUGCUUCGAACAAGUCUAGUAAUGCGAAUGCUGCCAACAUUGUUGCUAGUGGCAGCGCCUCAACAGUAACCAGUGCUACGGCUAACGCUAAAACUCCGUCCGCUCAAGGUUCGAUGCCGUCAAACUCAAGCAAUACACGGACGUCGACUACCAAGAAUCUGUUCCUAUCAUCGGCAGUAACAGCUUCGCCGCAACAACAGUCGACCCGUGUGCUGACGGCAGCCAGCAGUAGUAAUGUCACUAUUAAUAGCGGCAGCGUGCCAUAUGCCGUUGCGGCUUCGGCCGGGCCGGGGAAGGAUUCCAAACGGCAACAGCCGACCUCCCAAGCAUCACAACAACAAUCGUCUACCGCAUCAAAGGGACCGCUUCAUCAUCCAGGCUUAGCUACGAGUGGUCCAUCGAGUGGAAAUGCAACGGCACCAUUCGGCAGUGUGGGAAUGCAAUCGAUCAAAUCGAAAAACAAUAUCAAAGCACCAAUUGCUUCUAGCUCAGUACCACAGCCAGGUGGUACGAAUGUUAGCGGCAACACUACCGGUGCAACCACACGCAUGGUAGGAUCGUUCGCCAAGUUGGUAGCUUCAGAUGGUGGAAUUUCAGAGAAGAAGUCAUUCGGCAAUGGCGGCUCCGUUGGUAGCGGUUCGGGAAAUUCCUCAGCCAUGACGCUACAAGGUCAGCAGCAGCAGCACCAUCAGCAGCAAUCGGUUGGAGUUAUCGGAGGUCGUGCUCCAUCACAAGUUCAGGAAUCUCCUGCUAAAAGUGGUGGGUCCGGGCUACCAGCACCAUUUGGUAGCAAUGCCAAUACAGUUGGCCUUGGAGUGUCUCCAAUCGGUUCACAUAUGAUUUCAUCGAAUGCACAUCAGUCAACUGUUGGUGGAAGCAUUGGGAAUGGAGGGGCUGGACAUCAGAAGAUCUCUUCGUUUAUUCCUCCUAUUGCAACAAGCGGCCCAGGUCCAACGAUUGUUGAGGCAUCAGCUCUGCCUCCUUUACCACCCAUCAGUGUACCGAACACAGCGAAUCCCCUUGCUGCACCGGGAAGUGGUCGAUCGAUUACGCCAAUUGGUCAACCAACAUCGACGUCGUCAUCCGCAUCAACAUCCGUCGGCUCCGCCUCCACCGUUUCAUCAUCCGGUACGACGACUUCAUCAUCGUCAGUGACUGGUCUCAUCGGCAGUCGUAGCGUUACUACACCGUCGCCUUUGCUGCAGCAGCAAACUUCAACCACCUCACCUACAAUCGGUGGUCAGCUACACACAAAGAUGCAACCUAUCGGGACGCAUCAACAGCAACAGCUAGCGCCAUCGCCUCCACCAUCGAACGUUUAUUCGCUGUUCAAUGAUCCGUUUACGAACAGCCAAUGGGGUGUUGGAGGAAGCGGCAGUGGUAGUAAUGUAGGCGACGUUGGAAAACCUCCCCUAUACGGUGGACACCACCAUCAGCAACAGCAUCAUUUGUCACACGCGAAUGUUCCGCCACAUCACCAUCAGCAACAUCAUCAGCAGCAUACUAGUGGUGUGGGUGGUGCUGGAAGUGGUGUUUUGGCAACGUUCAUGGAGAACCCACCAACGCUACAGGUCGACGCAUCGAAAGCUCCGGGGUACCGUGGAAAUGCGAUUUCUUCGCCAGUUAGCUCCAAAGCCUCCAGUAAUGCUACAACUCCACCAUCCUCUAGCAUGUCAUCGCAUCCACAUCAACAUCAGCAGCAACCUCCGAUACACCAAGCAUUACAACAGCAGCAGCAGGCCAAUGGAGGACAUUUAAAUCUACACCAUCAGUCCCAGCAACCUCACUCGCAUCAGCAACAGUCAUUAGGACUUGGUCAUAUACUGGGUGGAGCGAACAGCGGCAGCAAUAGCACAUCACCCCUCGCUGGCUUGGGCAGUGGAACCGCCGGUUCACAGCAGCAACAACCUCCGACAUCCCGGGACUCAGGUGUUGUGAACAUGGUAGGAGGAGGACAUUCAACAUCCUCCGCAUCAUCGUCUGUACCGUCAUCCACCUCAGGUGGUGGCCAACAUCAACACCAUCCAUCCUCCUAUCAGUCGUCCAAUGAGCCACCGAAUGUCGGUAUGAAACCGACUCCUCCUCAACCAUCUAUGCAUGGUGGUGGUACUGGUGGGCAAGGCAAUGGAGCUACAGGCGGUGGGUUGGGCAUGUUGCGUUCCAUGAUGAACCUGUCGUCGCAUAUGCGCCAUCUGGGAGGUGGCAAUGGACCACCGGAUUAUUUGAGUGGCGGAAAUGCUGGUGGCCGUGAGCAUUCAACCGGUUUAACACCACAGCAACCACCGGUAGGUAGUUCUCGUCCUCCUCCGCUUAUGUUUGAAAACUCUGGAGCCGGUGGUGGUGGGCCUCCUGAUUCGCUACAAUCCUCAUACCAACCGCACCUUGGUCUUGGCGGAAACGGUAAUGCAGGCCUGCCUCCUAUUUCCCGUCUCAAUCCGAAGGCAUCGGCUUUCUCCGGCGGAAUUGGUCCAUCGGUCAUGCCACCGGCGCAACAUCAACCAGGCAAGAUGGGCCUGUCCAACAAUCAUCAGCCUUACGGAGGUAAUAAUGCAGGUGGUGGUGGUGGUGGUGGUAGUGGCGGUGGCGGAGGAUCUGGAAUGUUCCAUGCACCACCACCGAUUGGCAUGGCCGGUGGUAAGUACCCUCCCUUGUCAACCUACAGCCUUGCACCGGGCCGCCCCAACAGUCAACAGCAGCACGGUAAUGGUGGUGGUGGUGGUGGUGGAACAGGGGGAGGUAACAGUGGUGGCCCUCCACCGGUAGGUGGUAUGCAUCAUCGAGGCGCGACAGGCGGUGUCAAUAAUUGGUUCUCGUCUGAUCUGGGUCACCUACAACGUGACAAUUUGAUGGGCAUGGAAAAUGGGCUAGCAAUGACACUCAAUGCUACCGGGUCGCCCAACAUAUCGCCAAACAACAACAAUGCGCAACACUCUAUUAACGGUGGUGUGGGUGGGCUUGUUGCGCAGCACCAGCAACAACAGUCCAUGAUGGACGAUGCUCGCAAGCUACCUCGCGCCAUCGGUACCGAGCGAGCCUGGAAAUAUGGCGGAAACGGUAACGUUGGUCUUGUGGGCAGUGGAAGUGCUGGUGGUGCUGGUGGAGGAAACAAUGCUGGAAACAUGUACAACACUGCCAUGGUAACGACAUACGUCGGGCUGGACGGGCCGGAUAUAAUGAAUGGUGGAGCGUCACCGGUAGCAAUAGCAGCUGCGGCUGCGGCGUCCGCCAACCAACCGUGGAUGGGCAUGGACAAAAAUCAGUUCAUGGGUAGCGGUGUAGGUCUGGGCGGGUCGCAACAGCAACAUCAGCAGCAACCGCCUCUGCCCUGGCUCACACCGGCAGGAAUGAACAGACAGUACAUGGAUGACAUUCAUAUACCGGAUCAUUUCCAGCAACUUCAAAUGGAUUAUCAUGGCAACAUUGGUGGAUCUGGACCCAGUGGACCCAAUCAACCUAACAUGAAUUUCAUGCAGUAUCCAUUCACACCAUCCAACGAUAUGGUGGGAACAGGGGAACUGCGACCACCGUGGGAACAUGAAAAGCAUGGUUGGUCGCAAAAGUGGUCUGGACACUAGACGAAGAAGAAGUAAAAGCCCCAAGCGAUCCUGUCGUUAAAGAAUUCGCAGACGCCAAUUGUAAUCACUUCGCCACAACGCACCGCCAGCAAUACCACCUACGGCUAGGAUCAACUAUUAGAAAAGGGAUAGAUAGUAGAAGGAAACAUAGAGUCAGCAGAAAGAUUCGUUGGUAAGUUAGCAACUCCACCACUGGUACGGCAAACGGUGAUGAAUUUUGUCUUGGAAAUUUUCCUCCAUAUUUACCAUCUCAAAGAUGGUGUUGAAGCAACAGUAUAGAUCCGCGUAAACUGCGUAUGUUGCGUUUGAUUACAACCCACUGCUUCAUACAUACACAGACACACAUACUAGUUCUGGCUGCGUUCCUUUAUUGUUCGCAUUGCAUAUGUUAAAACGCGAUUAUGUUUAUUCUAAGUAUGCGUUAGCCACUGGCCCCCCUACAUUUCACGUGUGGAACUCGUAAAAUAAUUGAUGAGAACGUAUUAGAAUACAAUUCCUCGAAACAACAGAGUAACGGAGGAAAAAACGGUUGAACGUUACAGAAAGUAGUAGGGUAACUGCACUGUCCUAUGUGCAUGCCCGAAUUCGUUUCCUGCUUCUUUAUUGUUUAUUAUCUUCAGUCGUUCGUACGUACAUACAUGCUGUUAUAGCAGUACAGUUAAUAGUAGAGCAAACAAAAUGUUCAUUUUCAGUGUAAACUACAAAGACACUAAUGUGCACCAUCUCGUUUUUGGGUAAUGGAAUAUAAGAAUAUAUGUGAACAGAG